CUGCACGUGCCUAUAUAUACCUACGAUACACUGCUGUACUUUGUUUCGGUUAUCAAUAUAUCAGUAGCCAACGGUACGUCACUUAGAUCUCGUCGUCGAUUUUACGCCGAUCGUGUCUACCUAUCCAUCUGUACGUAAAUCACAAAUAGUGCUUCUUCAAAAUACUGCGCGUGGAAGCGGGUGACGUUUUUUGUCGCAAUGUUUCAAGAGAAUUUCCAUCGUCAACCGCAACGGCGAUCACCAACGCCGCUGGACGAUGGUUUGUUUCUACCUCCGAUUUACACGGGCCCUUCCACCAUCACAUCUCAACCGGUGUCGAAUCGCCAAAACCAAAGGUCGGAAAUGUCGCCCGAUAGUCUCGACUGGGUAUCGACGUUCCAUUCCUCGCACAUGAGUGCCUUCUCGGGAACGUAUUUCCUGUCGAGCGUCGAGCAAUUGGAGAUCCAGCAGAUCGUCGAUUUGAAUUUUCUGCUGGGUAGGACUGAAAACCAAUCCCAGUACAGGGUGAAAGUGCCGAGGGCGGAGACGAUAUUCCUGGCUGUCGAGAGAUCGGGGAAGUAUCAGCGCCGGUUUUUGAGGUCAUCGCGGCAACUCGAGCUGAACAUCAUGGACCCUUCGGGGGAGACUGCUUUCAUCGUUAGGAAGCCGCUUAGCUGGGGAUGCGUACCCACGUUCUUGCACAAAAUCACAGUCGAAACGAGCGAUCUGAUCGGAAGCGUGGAGCAAAAUUUCACGCUCAUAAGCACGAGUCUGACAGUUUACGACGAGAACAGACAAGCCCUCUGUUACAUCGAAGGUCCCCCCGUGUGUUCGUGCUGCAUGUCCAGAGAAACGCAAUUUCAGAUACUUUCGACAGACAGGAGUCGGCAAAUAGCAUCGUUGAUUCGACACUGGGACAGUGCCUUGGUCGACUACUCGACGCUGCUGACUUUUCCACUGAACACCGCAGUCAAGCUCAAAUCUCUGCUUCUCGGGGCGGCGUUUCUCUUGGAAUUUUUGUACUUUGCGAACCAAAGGAGUUCUAGCCUCGCCUCGCGCAUGUUACAGUGAUCCAGCGAAAGCCAAUUUCGUUCGAAACCCCAUGGAUUUUAUGACGUACUUACGUAUAUAAUUAUGUAUAUGUAGGCUUACCGAUGCGACGAUCGUUACAUUCACGUCGA